AUGAAUGAUGUUCAGGAGGCCACCUCCCCUGCGACCAGCCUCAGCGGUCCAGCUACCUGUGUCUCCAAAGUAGAACUACGUGUGUCUUGUAAGUCUCUGCUGGACCGAGACACGCUGAAUAAGUCGGACCCCUGUGUCAUACUCAUGGUACAGAACAACGGACAGUGGACAGAGCUGGACAGGACAGAGGUGAUCAAGAGCAACUUGCACCCGGUCUUUGCCAAGGUUUUCUCAUGGGACUACUACUUUGAGGAGGUUCAGAAGCUGCGAUUUGAAGUCUAUGACAUCCAUGGCACUCACAGCAUUGGGACCCGCGAUGAUGACUUCCUGGGUGGGGUGGAGUGCACUCUUGGCCAGAUUGUGGCCCAAAAGAAGAUGGUGAAGCCUUUGUUGCUGAAGUACGGAAAAUAUGCCGGCAAAUCCACCAUCACGGUGCACGCUGAGGAAAUUUCUGGCAACAACGGGUACGUGGAGCUCUCCUUCUGUGCCAAGAAGCUUGAUGAUAAGGAUCUCUUCAGCAAGUCAGACCCAUUUUUGGAAAUAUACCGAAUCAAUGAUGAUGAAACCGAACAGCUGGUCCACAGAACUGAGGUGAUUAAAAACAACCUGAAUCCUGUGUGGGAGCCUUUCAAAGUGUCUCUCAUAUCCCUGUGCAGCUGUGAUGAGGAGCGAAAGCUCAAGUGCCUAGUGUGGGAUUAUGACUCCAGGGGGAAGCACGACUUCAUUGGCGAGUUCUACGCCACUUUCAGGGAAAUGCAGAAAAUUUCCAGUGGAAAUAAGGUGAUGUGGGAUUGUGUGAAUCCCAAGUACAAACAGAAGAAGAGAAACUAUAAAAAUUCAGGAGUUGUCAUCCUCAGUGACCUUAAGCUCCACAGAGUGUACUCCUUCUUAGAUUACAUCAUGGGAGGAUGCCAGAUUCACUUUACGGUUGCCAUUGACUUCACAGCCUCCAAUGGAGACCCCAGGAACAGCUGCUCAUUGCACUACAUCAACCCGUACCAGCCCAACGAGUACCUGAAGGCUCUAAUAGCAGUGGGGGAGAUCUGUCAAGACUAUGAUAGUGACAAAAGAUUUUCAGCUUUGGGGUUUGGUGCCAGAAUCCCUCCAAAUUACGAGGUGUCUCAUGACUUUGCCAUUAAUUUCAACCCAGAGGAUGAUGAAUGUGAAGAGAUCCAAGGAGUGGUUGAGGCGUACCAGAACUGCCUUCCUAAGAUCCAGUUGUAUGGCCCAACCAAUGUUUCUCCCAUCAUUAACAGGAUAGCCAAGCUGGCAGCAGGCGACGGCAACAUUAAAGAUGCCUCUCGAUACCACAUCCUGCUCAUCCUCACGGAUGGUGUGGUGACAGACAUGGCAGACACGCGCGAAGCCAUUGUACGAGCCUCCUACCAGCCUCUCUCCAUAAUCAUAGUUGGUGUGGGCAAUGCAGACUUCACAGACAUGCAGAUUUUAGAUGGAGAUGAUGGAGUCCUACGCUCACCAAAGGGCGAGCCGGUCCUCAGGGACAUUGUGCAGUUUGUGCCCUUCAGAGACUUCAAAACGGCAUCACCUGCAGCCCUGGCCAAAUGUGUUCUGGCAGAGGUGCCCAAGCAAGUAGUAGAGUACUACAGCCAUAAGGCCAUCUCCCCUAUGUGUCCUGUGAGGGAGUCAUCGACGCCUAUCCUUAGCCCAGUCGCCACCACACCAACAGAAUAA